AUGGAGAUAUCGCAUGCCUUCGGCUAUCUCGGCACGCCGGCCUCGGAGGGGCCGUUCGACGUCUUCAGCGACGUCGAGACCGUCAAGGCCCCCAGGAGUACCAGCAUGGACCUUGUCAAGGACCCCUGGGAGCUCAACCCGCAGUUCACAGAGGUGCCCGUCCAGGCUCUGCAAGGCCCCCAGUGGAAGCAGGUGGUCUCGGCCAGGGUUCACGUCAAGGAGCCCAUCACGAUUAUCGAGGGGAGGGCUUCGAACAUGACAUCACGUCAUAUCACAUGGGCACAGGCCUCUUUUGGUCUCCGUCAUCUGCGUUUCGGGGACAACCUCGGCACCGUGCUCGCGCUCGGCGCUGGGAUGCCAAGUCGGGAGGUAUCUCGCCUGCCCCGCGCGGCGCCCGUCAAGCGCCCGGCUGCCAGCCCCAAGAUUGCGCAGAAGAGCUUCCUGAAGGGCAGGACGUUCGUGGGGGCGACGAAGGAGGAGAGGAUCGCUCACCGUCUGCGGGCCUCUGGGCCGUUCGCGAUGGUGGGGGAGGACGAGAGGAGCUUCCUGGAGUGGAACGCGGUGGCGCCCGAGACCCAGGGAUACUACAAGGACGCCCUCGACGACUUCCAGACGUUCGUGGACCUCUUCGGGCUGCCGCUGCGCACCGCUGCUCAAGUCGACCUGGCGCUGAUGAACUACGCCGAUUACGCCUGGAGCAUCGGGCUCGAGAGAGCCGCCGUCCUGAAAACAUAUGCCGCGUACAUCUCGGCGCACCCCGACUUUUCCCGAAAGAGGUCGCUCCGCCUGCCGCGUUUCUGUCGGGCCCUCCAGGGUUGGAAGCGCCUGGACCCAGGCCAGACGCGCCCGCCUAUGCCCUGGCAGGUGGUCGCGCUGGUCGCACUGGUGAUGGCCACGCAGCUGGGGUCCCCGCACGCGGCGCUCAUGGUGAUGACGAUGUUCUGGGUGUACCUCAGGCCCUCCGAGGCCGUCGGCCUGCGCGAGCAGGACCUCUUCCUCCCCUCGGGCUCGCGCACGGACUACGGCUUCAACCUGCACCCCAGCGCGAGGGGCGAGUACAGCAAGACCAGCAUGUCGGACGUGAGCUUGCUCCUCGAUUCGGUCGAGGUGCCCUGGCUGGGCCCGCUGCUGGCGCGCGCGAGGUCGGGAGACCCGCAGGCGCCGCUGUUCCGUCUCACCGCCGCGCAGCUCGGCGUCCUGUGGCGCCAGUCGCUGGAGCGGGCCGAGGUGCCCACCAGGUACGUGCCCUGCCAGCUCCGCCACGGGGGCCCGUCGCACGAUCGCCUCAAGAGGUAUCGAUCCAUGGGCGAGAUCAAGAGGCGCGGGCGGUGGGCCAGCGACUACACGAUGAAGCGCUACGAGGCCCAUGCGCUGGCGCAGCAGGAGCUCGCAGCGCCCCCGGACGACGUCCGCCGCAGGGCCGAGGCGGCGCCCGCGAAGCUGCACGCCGAGCUCGAGAGGCUCCUGGCGCGGCCCCAGAGGUUUUUCGUCGAGCUCAUGUGCGGCUCCGCCGCCUUUGCCAAGGCCGUCCACGCCGCCGGCUGGGCUUCGGAAGGCUGGGACUACGCUGAUGACCCGCGAGCCGACCUUCUUGAUGAAUCCCUCAUCGACAGUCUGGUAUUGAGGAUCUCACGGAAGGAGGUCGCGGGGGUGCAUGUUGGCCUGGACUGCAAAACGUGGAGCCGGGCAAGGAAGAAUGAUGGACGGGGUCCGCCGCCACUCAGGGACGACGCGAACGUGCACGGCCUCCCUCGGCUGGCGGCGGCGGACGCUGAGAAGGUUAGGAUCGCCAAUCGUCUGCUCGCUAAUGUUCUGCGCCUGCUGGCUGCUGCCGUCGAGGCGGGAGUCCCUUUCUCUCUCGAGAACCCUCGCUCGUCUCGCCUCUGGCUGGUCCCGGAACUUCUGGACAGGGCCCGCGAAGCUCACGCCGAGUGGGCUUCUGUUGAUUACUGCCAGUAUCAGGUCCCCUGGAAAAAGUCGACAACCUUUUUGCUAUCCAAUUGGCUGCCAGCGCAGCCGUCCCUCCGCCUGUGUACAGGCUGUCAAAAAAGGUGUAGUGCCACUGGUAAGGCGCACAUAACACUGAAGGGUAAAGACCCGCUCGGUGUGUUCUGGACCUCGAGAGCGCGUCCUUACCCCGCGGCGCUCUGCAAAGAUCUCGCAGCGCUGGUGGUGGCCAAGGCCAAGACACUGGAUGGCAGUGGGUAG